AUGGCCUCAUCAGGAUCACCAGAUCAGCCCACCGCUCUAGCCGAGGGCCGGCGCAUCUACCUUGGCAACCUCCUCUACAUCGUCCAGCCGGUCGAAAUCGAGGAGAUGCUCAAGGACAACGGCUUCUCGGAGUACGACAAGAUUCACAUCUCGAUGGACCCCGUCACCGCUCGUAACCCCGGGUACUGCUUUGUCGACUUCAAGACCCGCGCCGACGCCGAGCGGGCCCUCUCGUCCCUUGACACAAGCAUCCGCAGCAGGCCUCUCAAAGUUGGCCCUUGUGAGCCCAAGAGACAGCAGGCAAACCGUGGGACAAGCUACAGGGACCCCACUUUCAACCGAUGGGGCAACUGGUCCGGGCAGAGAGGCCAGCCUGGAGAUAACUCGACAGAGGGAGGAGUGUCGAAUGGGAAGGGCGACAAGCGCCGCAUCGAGAAUGGCCCUUAUGGAGCCAUCGAACACUUUGACGAGGUCGUUGCCACAGAUACCGAUGGAAGGCGGCUUUACAUUGGCGGCUUGCCCAAAAUGAUCGACCAGCAGCAAAGUCAAGAUGAGAUGCGUGAAAUCUUGACCGGUUUCGAUCCGGUGGCCAUCAGCAAACGGAUCACUCCUCACGAGUCAACGAGGUCUAUGCCGGGGAACCAUCACUACUGCUUCGUCGACUUUGCAACUGUUGACGAGGCUUCUGCCGCGGUUGAAGCGUUGAACGGAAAGCUGUGGGAUGGCGAACAAUUGCGCGUCAACGUGGCCAAGCCUCUGCCGGACAAGUUGAAAGACCGCUCCCAUCCCAGGAAUGAGAGGGACCUCCCCAGUAGGGACAACACGGUCUGGAGUGACAAACCCACGCGCAAAAAUCAGUCCUCGGCAGGCGAGCGUCCAUCAUGGAGGAAAUCCAGCACCAACGGUUCCAGUAGUAACAGCAAUCCCUCGCAACCGCUUAGGUCUCUUGCGUCUGGAAACUGGCGUAGCAAAGAGUAG